AGUGAGAACCAGCGUGAGACGUAAAACGAAGCGAGUGAGCGAGAGAACGAGAGACAUGCACCGUUGUUUUCGUCUCUCUCCUCUCGUCCUCUCGUCCUCCUCUUUAUGUUCUGUUCUGGUUUGAGGUUUGAGGUUAGAGGCCGUUCAUUCCAAUGCAGUUUUGAAUGAGAAAAGGACCUUGUCGCUGUUGGUCGCAGCACAUUGAUCAGCGUGAUGUACUUCAAUUAGGAGUUCGGCCGUAAAGUGAGUUAGUUUUAUCCACUCCUCAUCAACAUGGCAACAACAUUGCUCUCGUCUGAUAUCGAGGCUAAAAUGGACAAAGAACCUCAGGAGAAUCCUUACAACUCGAUUCCUGACAGUAAUGGCACGAAGGGCUCCUUAGAUCUUAACUUUACCACCGAUGGUGGUCCUGAUUUCUCGCGAGAUCAGGAUUUAGCCACGGCCGAGGUCGUUGUUCAGGCGGUUAUCUUUGUACUGGCCUUAGUGGGCAAUGGCCUAGUCUUGGUGGCCUUGAUCCGACAACUCCGACGGAAGCCUUCUUCUCGAAUGUAUCGCUUGAUGUAUCAUCUGUCCAUAGCUGACCUGUUGGUGGCCGUAUUGAAUGUCCUACCACAACUUAUAUGGGACAUCACGCACAGGUUCCAUGGACCCGAUAUAUUGUGCCGAUUGGUAAAGUUUGGUCAAGUGAUGCCCAUUUACCUUUCGUCAUUCAUUCUCACUCUAAUGGCCGUGGAUCGGGUCGGGGUCACCAAACGACAUGGAUCCGUGGAACCCAAGCCUUUGAGGCCAUUGAUCCAGGGGGUUUGGCUGGUGGCCAUUCUCUGCGCCUUGCCACAGCCCUUCAUUUUCUCUAUCAAAGAUAUCGACGAUAAGGGAAUAUACGAUUGCUGGGCUGAUUUUGGAGGGGAAAAAUGGCUCGAGAAGGGCUACGUGGUAACCUUCCUUUUCACGGUAUUCUUCUUGCCCUUUAUUGUGAUCACGAGCUCCUAUUGCAUCGUCACCUAUCGCAUCUGGAGCUACAGUCGUGCCACCCAAGGCUCCAAGGGCAGUCCCCAAAUGAGUCUGGCCUCGAAUCGAGUCGUUCUGAGCUCGGUGGGCGACGGGAGUAAGAACGAGGACGACGACGAUGGGGCCACCAUGGAAACGGCCGUUUAUGAGAUGAAAGUGAUCAACGGGCGGAACGGAUCCUCAUCUAGCCAUCGGAGCUCAUGCAAGUCGACCACCAGGUCCAUCAACACCUCUUGCACCAUCUAUCGGCCUAAUUUGGCUCAUAACUCCCAUGCCCCCUCGGCAGGCUUCGUCCGGGUGCAAACGGAACAGAUCGUGCUGCUGUCCAAGGCCAAGCGCAAAAGCCUUAGUAUGACAGCCAUCGUGUCGGUGUGUUUCGCCGUUUGUUGGCUCCCUUGGUGCGUGACCAUGUUGCUCAUGUCUUUCGACAUUCAGGUUGGAGGUGAUAAAGUCCAUCCCCUUAUGGUCAUCUUUGCUCUUUUGGCCUCCCUAAAUUCCACGACCAACCCUUGGAUCUAUUUGUGCUUUAGCAGUGCCGUUCUCCAACAAGUAAAGCAUUUAGUCGGGAUGCGUUCCACUAUAGGAGGUCCAGACUCUUUGGGUGGAGCAGAUGCGGAUCGUCCAGAGCCUCAAACCCAUCAUCGCACCAAACGGAUCCUUUUUACCCGAAAAGCUGAACCUCUGAAAGGCACUCCCUUGGGAACUCGACCGCACCCACUCUUUGCCCUUCAAGACCAAGAGAUUGUUCGUGCUGGGAUCCGAUCAGAACCUAAUUUGAGCUCCCACCAUCGGCCCAAUAUGAAAAAUCCGCUUCCGGCUAGUAACCAGAACAAAAGUUGGACAAAGACCUGAACUCGUUAUCUUCAAAUAGACACAUACUUAUGAAUCCGAAUCGUAUCCGUAAUAAAUUGCCACCAUUCACCUUUUGGAUUGGACGAAGG